AUGAGUAUUACACAUUGUAUAUUCGAUUUGGAUGGUUUAUUAUUAGAUACAGAAUCAAUAUAUACUGAAUGCUUACAAAAAUUAUGUGCACCAUAUGGAAAAAAUUUCAGUACAGAAACAAAACUUCAAAUGAUGGGAAAAUCAUCAUUGGAAGCAGGACAAAUUUUAAUGAAAUCAAAUUUACCAAUGACUGAUGAAGAGUUUUUAAUUAAAUCAAAUCAAUUAUAUCAAGAAGCAUUUCCAUCAGCUGAACUUUUACCCGGAGCAGAACGUCUUAUUCGACAUUUAGCGUCUUAUAAUAUUCCAAUGGCAAUUGGUACCGGUUCUUCACAUGAAUUAUUUAUGUUAAAAACAAGUGGUCAUCGUGAAUUGUUCAAUUUAUUUGAUCCAGUUAUUUGUACAGAUGCAACUGAAAUACGUUUAACAAAACCUGAACCAGAUGUAUUUUUAGCAUGUGCAGAAAAAUUUCCUAAUCCACCAUUAUCUACGAGUCAAUGUUUAGUAUUUGAAGAUGGAGAAAAUGGUGUACGAGCUGCAGUUGCUGCUGGAAUGAAAGUUGUACUUGUACCAAGUAUACCAUUAAGUAAUUAUGAUCCAUUGGUUAUUCAACAUGCUACACUUACAUUGGAUAGUCUUCUCAAAUUUGAUCCAGCCGAAUUCGGUUUGCCAGCAUUUAAUGAUAUAUAA